AUGGCCUCUUCUUCAGAGAUAUCGUACUGGGUGUACAAGCCAACCAAAGGUGUCUCUAUUGCAUUUGCUGUGCUCUUCUUCAUCUCUGGCGUCCUUCACGCGUGGCAGAACAAUCUCAAAUACAGAGGCUCGUGGCGAAUUGGCUUUCUUUUCCCAUGGGCGGCAGCACUAUUUGUCGCAGGCCUCGCAACUCGAGAAUAUGGUGCCUAUCAUACCGAUGAUCUCGGCGUAUUCGUUGCCAGCACCGUUUUAUUGUUCAUCGCUCCGCCGGUCUACAACGGCGCGGACUACUUCAUAUUCGGCAGACUGUUGUACUAUAUACCUUACCUGUCUCCUCUUCAUCCAGGUCGUGUCUGGACCACAUUCGUCGCAUUGGAUCUUAUCGACGGGAUAAUUGCAGGCAAUGGGGCCUCGUACGCGGCGAAUACUCAUAAUAGUGUGUCAAAGAUCAAAAUGGGCAUCAUUCUGGUCAAAGUGUCUCUGUUCCUCCUGCUGGGCAUGUUUCUCGGCUUUAUAUUCCUGAUUGCCAUCUUCCACAAACGAUGCAUCGCAGCUAACGUCUUCACCUACAAUGUCAAAGUUGUCGUUUAUUCGCUUUAUGCGUCAGGCUUCCUGAUCCUCAUCCGCAACACCUUUCGCACUGCGUCGUUCUUCUAUCCACCAAACUCGACUGCCAAUGGAAAAGAGUGGAUCUUUUGGGUACUAGAGGUCGUUCCAAUGCUCUUCAACACCUAUCUCAUGAACGUCUUCCCGCCCUUAAAAUAUCUCCCGCACGAUCACAAGAUAUACUUGGCCGUGGAUGGCAAGACAGAAAUCGAAGGGCCAGGAAUGGUCGAGAAGAGACCUUUCAUCCUGACUCUGAUUGAUCCAUUCGACCUUGUUGGGCUGAUUACGGGGCAGGAUAACAAGAACAGGUUUUGGGAGAAAGACGGUAUUGGUGGGCCAGGAGGAGUGGCAGGACGUGAUAUUGGAGACGACAAUGAGCUAGGGCGAACCAGGAAGGGAGGCCACAGCACAGCACGAGUACAGGAUAGAGAGGUUCUUUGA